GCGCGCAACAAGGGCCCUCGCUGAAUGCACAGUCUUGGUUGGCCUCGGCAGGCACAUCAAUACCCACUAGGCCGACACGGAAGUUUCUUCUCGAGACAGCGGAUUCUAUUUUGAAACUUAAUAACCCGAUACCGUGGGCUGACAUGUCAACAACCGAGCCCCAGUCGUACACUCCGGACAUACCCGCGGAGCCGGUGACGAGAGCCACCGAGAACAUCCAUGUGGAACUCACUCCCCACGACUUGGACUCGCUCUCGGCCACGCGCUUUGUCCGGUCGCCGUCUGCAGGCGCAACUGUCCUCUUCAUAGGCACGACGCGCGACUCCUUCAAUGACCAGCCCGUGUCGUCCCUAGCAUACACAUCGUACGCGCCCCUCGCCCUCUCGACUCUCUUCAAGAUCGCGACCUCUAUACUUGCCAAGCACUCGUGCACAAAGAUUGCCAUCAUUCACAAGUUGGGUGAGUGCCCAAUUGGCGAAGAGAGUAUUGUCAUUGCUGUGUCAGCGCCGCACAGACAGGCGGCGUGGAGGGCAGGCGAAGAAGCGCUCGAAGAGACAAAGGAUAGGGCGGAAAUAUGGAAAUUAGAGAGAUUUGAAGGAGGCGAGGGGGUUUGGAGAGCGAACCGGGACGGGCAAAAGGGGGUGAAAGUUGAAGAGGGUGAUCGAGGAGCAGCUCCGUAGACAUGUCAGGCUGUGUAAUAUGUUCCGUGCACACAAUUACGAACGAGGCCCAGCAAUUGCAGUCAGUGGUGCAGCGUACUGCUUAGGUUGCCAGCACUUGUCUCAGUGUGCCAAUGUGGGAGCGAUGCGCAUCAACACCGUUCCCAUUGUCAUGCUGAUGACAUGGCCAU